CCAGCCUCCAGACUGACCAUGCCACAUUGAUCCUGUGAGAGAAAAUCUUGCCCAGAUGCCCUUUGCGCAGCUUGUACUCGGGAGUCCCGGCGCGGGAAAGAGCACUUAUUGCGAUGGCAUGCACCAGUUCAUGGGCGCCAUUGGGCGUGCAUGCUCCGUUGUGAACCUCGAUCCUGCCAACGACCAUACGAACUAUCCUUGCGCUCUCGACAUUCGCGACCUGGUCAAGCUAGAAGAUAUUAUGCGCGAAGAUCGCUUAGGGCCGAACGGUGGUAUCCUGUAUGCUCUCGAAGAGCUUGAGAAUAACUACGAGUGGCUAGAAGAAGGACUGAAAGAGCUUGGAGAAGACUACAUCUUAUUCGACUGCCCCGGUCAAGUUGAGCUCUAUACACACCACAACUCAUUAAGAAACGUCUUCUAUAAGCUUAGCAAGAUUGGAUUCAGAUUUGUCUGUGUACAUCUCUCCGAUUGCUUCUGCCUCACUCAGCCUUCUCUAUACGUAUCCAACGUCCUUCUCUCGCUCAGAGCCAUGAUCCAGAUGGACAUGCCGCAUGUCAAUGUGCUUUCUAAAAUUGACAAGAUAGCAUCAUAUGAUGAACUCCCUUUCAACCUAGAGUAUUAUACCGAUGUCGACGACUUGACGCAUCUUACUCCGUACCUCGAAGUGGAAUCUCCAGGAAUGCGGAACGAAAAGUUUGGUCGACUGCACGAAGCGAUAGCAAACAUGAUUGAGAGCUAUGGCCUCGUGAGAUACGAGGUGCUGGCGGUUGAGAAUAAAAAGAGCAUGAUGUAUCUGCUCCGCGUGAUUGACCGCGCAGGAGGUUAUGUAUUUGGAGGCGCGGAGGGUGCCAACGACACAGUUUGGUCUGUCGCUAUGAGAAAUGAAACUUCCAUGAUGGACGUUCAGGAUAUCCAGGAGCGAUGGAUCGACCACAAAGACGAGUAUGAUCGUCUUGAGCGAGAAGCCGAGGAAGAAGAGCAGAGGAGGGUACAAGAGGAGCACGGUAUGGAUGUCGACGAGCCCCAACCAGCUGCACCUCCCCCUCCGGCCGCAUCCGAAGGCGAGAUAGACCCAGACUUUGGCGAUAUGACCGUACCAAAGGACAGUGGAGUCCGGGUAUUUAGAAAGAAUCAAUCAUAAUUCUUCGUCCCCCAUCAGCUGCCAUCUUCCAUAUCCUCAUCGCUCAUAACAUUGUCUACAUCUAGCACAGCGUCGUCUUUCGUGCCCAGUAUAUCCGUAGAGAGCGAAGAUUGUGGGUGACCGCUGGCUUCUGCCUUGGCUGCUAGGAUGAGUUUUCUCGCUCGGGCCACCGCGACCUCUUCGAUUUUGCGAAUGGUGCCGCUAACACGAACGACACGGAAAAUGCAGGGCCGCCCAUCCUUGACGGGGACACGAUCCAUAAACGUCAAUGCCGACCACAAGAGUUGAUAAUGUGCCCUGUUGCAUCUCAGAAUGAAGGUCGAAGUCGCCAAGGACAGAUAUUUGACCGAAAGAUUGCCCUCGAGAGCGCCCGCGCCAUAGUCGCCGUACAGCAACGACACCUCUGCCCUAAUGGCCCUGACCAGCGCCUGCGGAGUCAGCUUCUCAACGGUCGGCUGGUGCUGGGCAACCAAGCCUGGCACGCGAGCCUUGGAUAUCCUGGCGGCAUCGGGCGGAUAGACGAGGUUGACGAGGAGAUAGCGCUCCUUGAUGCGCACCAUUGCGAGGCAGAACGGCCAGGCAAAGGACCGUCUGAGCAGAUCGGACGAGAUGCCGCUCGAUCAAUGGGAAAAGAUUCGGGCUGCGAGCAAAUGCCGGACCCAGUCCAAGAGGGCGAGGAUCAGCGGCUGGCAGUCGAGAG